AUGGUACUAAACAAGGCGCUGAGUCCGCCUCAUGCCGAUUCUAUCACCCAGCUUGCAUUUUGUGUCGAUGAUACUCAGCUCCUAUCCUCGUCCAGCGACGAGACCAUCCGGAACGUGCCCUGGGACCCUCGAUUCUCCCCCGACAGUACUAUGCUGGCCGCUGGACACAGGUCCAAGAUCGAAUUAUUCCGUGUCGCCUCUGGGCAACUACUUCACAAGAUCAGAGGUCGCUACCAUUACAAACGUUAA